CGCAGUGGGGCUGCUGCAUUGUUGUGGCCGGGCUGGGAGAGGGGCUCGGCUCGCCCGUGCUGCCGCCUGGCCUGCGACCAUUCCCGGGUUUGUUACAUCUGCUGGACUACUAGCCUCAUCCAGUAUGGCGAUUCCUGUAGUCCAAGCACCUGCUUUGGAGAGUUGUGUAAAGAACCAUAAGAUGGACACCUUGGGAAUAUUACAGUGCAACACAUGGGACAUUUCUGGGUCUGGACAUGGCGUAAAUGAUUCCUCCCUUCUCUCCUUGAGAUUCCACUGCCCGCUAUCCAAAAUGACAGUUUUCAACAUGUUAUGGUAUUUUCGGGACGUAGCCUGCAGCCAUAGCUGCAGCAGUGCACUUUUGUCUAGUGCAGAUGGACCCUGUACUUGAGAUUUUUUUCCUUUAGGUUGAGUGCUUGGUGUAAAAGAGAAAUGUCAAAAUAUUGGCAAUACGGUACCCUCUUUGAAGAAUAUCAUUGCAAGCAACACAAAUUUUGUUCUCUGAGCUAGCUGCUGGUGACUGAAUACCACAUUAUUUUGCAGCAGCUGUUCCUGGUUGGAGUAACAUUGGAGGGUUCUGCAUCCUGGUCUUUUUGCUGAAGAAAGAAGGGUUUGUGGAUGCACUUAGAUGUUUGCAAUGAGCACUGUGGCUGGCAUGCCCCAGUGUUUUGGAUACCAAUGCAUAGGACUCCGUAGUAAUCGAAUUUAUCAGAAACGAACGUCAUGAGCAUAGUGAUCCCAUUGGGGGUUGAUACAGCAGAACCUUCUUAUUUGGAAAUGGCUGCAGGCUCAGAACCAGAAUCUGUAGAAGCUAGCCCAGUGGUAGUUGAAAAAUCAAACAGUUACCCACACCAGUUUUAUACCAGCAGCUCUCAUCAUUCACACAGUUACAUUGGUUUGCCUUAUGCGGACCAUAACUAUGGUGCUCGUCCUCCUCCAACGCCUCCAGCAUCUCCUCCUCCAUCCGUUCUUAUUAGCAAGAAUGAAGUAGGCAUAUUUACCACUCCCAAUUUUGAUGAAACUUCCAGUGCUACUACCAUCAGUACAUCAGAGGAUGGAAGCUAUGGAACUGAUAUUACCAGGUGCAUUUGUGGCUUUACCCAUGAUGAUGGAUACAUGAUCUGUUGUGACAAAUGCAGUGUUUGGCAGCACAUUGACUGCAUGGGGAUCGACAGGCAGCAUAUUCCUGAUAUAUACUUGUGUGAGCGUUGUCAACCUAGGAGUUUAGAUAAAGAAAGGGCUGUGCUGCUGCAGCGAAGAAAAAGAGAAAAUAUGUCAGAUGGGGAUACCAGUGCAACAGAAAGUGGUGAUGAGGUUCCUGUAGAACUGUAUACAGCUUUUCAGCACACACCAACUACAAUUACUCUAACUGCUACCAGAGUUACUAAGGUCAAUGACAAGAAAAGGAAAAAAAGUGGGGAGAAAGAACAGAACAUUGCAAAAUGUAAAAAAGCUUUCCGUGAAGGAUCUAGGAAAUCUUCAAGAGUAAAGGGUUCAGCUCCAGAAAUUGAUCCUACUGAUAUUUCAAACUUUGGAUGGGAAACUAAAAUCAAAGCAUGGAUGGAUCGUUAUGAAGAAGCAAAUAACAACCAGUACAGUGAAGGUGUUCAGAGAGAGGCUCAAAGAAUAGCUCUGAGAUCAGGCAAUGGAAACGACAAAAAAGAAGUCAACACCAGCAAUCUCAUCUUCAAACCUCCAGUAGAGAGCUAUGUGCAAAAAAACAAGAAAAUUCUGAAAGCUGCCAAAGACUUGCCUCCAGAUGCACUUAUUAUUGAAUACAGAGGAAAAUUCAUGCUGAGAGAACAAUUUGAAGCUAAUGGCUAUUUCUUUAAAAGGCCAUACCCUUUUGUUUUGUUCUAUUCAAAAUUCCAUGGGCUAGAAAUGUGUGUUGAUGCACGAACCUUUGGAAAUGAAGCUCGUUUCAUCAGACGUUCUUGUACGCCAAAUGCUGAGGUGAGGCAUGUAAUUGAAGAUGGCACGAUUCAUCUUUAUAUUUACUCCAUCCAAAACAUUCCAAAGGGAACAGAAAUUACUAUCGCAUUUGAUUUUGAUUAUGGAAAUUGUAAAUAUAAAGUGGAUUGUGCUUGCCUCAAAGAAAAUCCGGAGUGUCCAGUUCUUAAACGUGGUUCUGAGCCUACAGAAAACAUCAACACUGGGUAUGAGACCAGAAGGAAAAAGGGAAAGAAAGAGAGAGACAUUUCAAGAGAGAAAGAAACUCAAAAUCAGAAUAUCACGCUGGAUUGUGAAGGAGCAGCUACUAAAAUGAAACUCCCAGAUAAUAAGCAGAGGAAACUCUCUCCCCUCAGACUGUCCAUUUCCAAUAACCAGGAGCCAGAUUUUAUUGAUGAUAUAGAAGAAAAAACUCCUAUUAGCAAUGAAGUAGAAAUGGAAUCAGAGGAGCAGAUUGCAGAAAGGAAAAGGAAGAUGACAAGAGAAGAACGGAAAAUGGAAGCUAUCCUCCAAGCUUUUGCUAGACUAGAAAAAAGAGAAAAAAGAAGAGAGCAGGCUUUGGAAAGAAUCAGCACAGCUAAAACUGAAGUUAAGUCAGAAUGCAAGGAAGCACAGAUUAUCAAUGACACAGAAUUCAUUCAGGAACCAGCAAAAGAAGAAACUGCCACCAAGCCAGCCCCUGCCAAAGUUAAUAGAGCUAAACAGAGAAAAAGUUUCUCUCGGAGCAGGACUCAUAUUGGACAGCAGCGUAGACGACACAGAACUGUGAGCAUGUGCUCAGAUAUCCAGCCAUCUUCUCCUGAUGUGGAAGUUACUUCACAACACAAUGAAACGGAGAACCCUGCACUUGCAACUGAGCCUGAAACAGAAACUACUGUUGCAGAAAUAGUUGCUGAAAUGGAAGCUCCAGCACUUAAUAAAUGCCCUACUAAGUAUCCUAAAACAAAGAAGCACUUGGUCAGUGAAUGGUUAAGUGAGAAGAAUGAGAAGACAGGAAAGCCUAUGGACAGCCUUUCAGAAAGGCCUCUGCGCAUAACUACAGAUCCUGAAGUUCUGGCUACACAACUGAAUUCUUUACCAGGUCUCACUUACAGUCCACAUGUAUAUUCUACUCCUAAGCACUAUAUUCGUUUUACUUCACCAUUCCUUUCGGAAAAGAGGAGGAGAAAAGAACCCAUGGAAAACCUAACUGGGUCUUGUAAGAAGCGUUGGCUGAAGCAAGCUUUGGAAGAAGAAAAUUCAACGAUGAUUGAUAAAUAUAAUUCGCCUUCUCGAGAGAGAUCCAGAAGUCCUGCAAUCAAUGGUGAAAAUAAAAGUCCAUUAUUACUGAGUGACAGCUGCUCCUUAACAGAUCUAACCACACCGUUAAAAAAACGAAGACUGUAUCAGUUGCUGGAUCCUACUUAUUCAGAAACUUCAACACCUACACCGUCUCCAUAUGCCACACCAACUCAUGCUGAUAUCACUGCCACAGACUCAUCAUUGUUUGCUACUCCUCCUAGGAUAAAAGCAGAAGAUGAUACUUGUAGAAAUGGUUACAAACCCAUAUAUUCACCAGUUACCCCUGUAACUCCAUCUCUACAUGGAAAUGCCAUGCACUUUGAGAAUAUUUCCUCACCUGACAGUUCUCCAGAAAUUAAGAGGCGAGCUUAUAGUCAAGAGGGAUAUGAGAGAUCAUCGAUUCUAGCACUGAAUUCUUUCAGAAAUUCCAACCUGACAGAAAUGAGCCUGCAAGAAAUAAAGACGAUUGGAUAUUCCAGUCCAAGGAACAGGACCGAUGUCACCAGGCAGUGCACUGGAGAAAAAGAAUCUGUGUCAGACCUCCAGUUGGGACUCGAAGUAAUUGAGCAAAGUGCACUGCAUAAAAACCUGGAAGCCCCCUCACAUGAUAGGACUGAUUCAAGCAGCCAGUUAGAAACAGCUCAUUGUGGACGGGGCACAGUUUAUUCCUGGGUAAAAAGUCCCGAUAGGACAGGUGUAAAUUUCUCAAUGAAUUCUAAUUUAAGGGACUUGACACCUUCGCAUCAGUUGGAAGUAGGAGGUGGAUUCCGAAUAAAUGACUCAAAGUGCCUGAUUCAAGAUGAUGGUAGAGGCAUGUUCAUGGAAGCAUCUGUUUUUUGUACUACAGAAGAUGGAAUUGCAUCUGGCUUUGGAAGGACUGUCAAUAAUGACAACUUGAUAGAUGGAAAUUGCACUCCCCAGAAUCCUCCACAAAAGAAAAAGGUAUCAUUAUUAGAAUAUCGUAAGAGACAAAGGGAAGCUAGAAAAAGUGGCUCCAAGGCAGAAAACUUUUCCCUGGUUACUAUGUCUCCUCAUGCUGCUGGUGGAGGAAGUAUAAGCAGUAAUAGUGGUGCUAGCGAUGGAUAUAACAACAGUGGUGGUGAAAACGGAGAGCAAACUGAUAACACCACAAACCUACCUUUGCCACUGCCAACUACUGUUUAUAAUGCGGCUCCAGAAGAAAUUAACAGCAAUUGUCCAAUUAAAGAAGCUUCUUCUAGUGAGAAGAAUGAUCCAGAAGUUCAGUGGACCGCUUCAACAUCAGUGGAACAAGUGAGGGAACGAAGUUAUCAGAGAGCUUUACUUCUCAGCGAUCAUAGGAAGGAUAAGGACAGUGGGGGAGAAUCACCUUGUAGCCCAUGCUCACCGUCUCAUGCCCAGUCUCCACCUUCAUCUCACUCAAAUAUCAUUCCCCAGUUGCAACUUAAGGUCCCUUCUUUCACUGAACUUAUGGAAGAGCCCGAUCCUGAAAAUCCAGAGCCUGUAACUGAAUGUCCAUCUCCAGAUACUUCGCAAAAGACUUGCAAGAGUCCUUCAAAACUGAGCAAGCCUUCUUCACCAAAUUCUGGAGUUUCAACUCAGUCACUUGGGAAAACCCCCACAAAGCCAGAUCCCCACUGGGAAGCUGCUGCUAAUGCACCCGAGGCUGAGAACCUGAAUCAUCCAAAACCUGAGCUGCAACAGAAACAGCUGACAAAUAACGUCCAAGCACUUUCAAAAAAUCACCCGUCGCAGUCACAUUUGCGCAGUUCAAGUGAGCAACUUUCACAUUCACAGAAGCUGCCUUCUGCACCUUUAAAGCUGCAUUGUCCCCCUUCACCUCAUGUAGAAAAUCCUCCCAAGUCAUCUACUCCCCACACGCCUGUACAGCAUGGGUAUCUGUCACCAAAGCCUCAUUCUCAGCAGUUGGGAUCUCCAUACAGACCUCAUCAUCCCCAGUCACCUCAAGUUGGAGCACCUCAGCGAGAGACCCACAGAAGUUUUUAUCCAGCCACACAGAACCUGCAGUCUAGUAAUCAGCAGCAGGCUAGUGGACCGAUAUUUACUCAGACAUCUUCAGGACAAUCUUCAGCUUCUUAUAGCCAGUUUAAUCAACAAAAUCUGAACAACAGUGCACCACCUCCACCCCCACCCCCACCUCCUUCUUCUACUUAUUAUCAAAACCAGCAGCCCUCUGGAAACUUUCAGAAUUAUAGUCAGCUAAAGGGUAACAUGCCCCAACAAACUGUGUUUUCAUCUGGGCCAAAUCAAGCACUUCCUGGUGCUGCAGGCCAGCAAGCAGUUCCGGGACACCAUGUAACUGCAGGGCACUUUUUGCCAUCUCAGAACCCCAGUAUUCAUCAUCAGGCUUCAGCAUCUGCUGCUCCGCCACCACCGCCACCACCGCCUGCACCUGGACCUCAUCUUGUACAGCAGCAAAGUUCCCAUCAGCAGCAUUCUGUAGCACACGUUGUAGGGCCAGUUCAUGCAGUGGCGGUAGCUCCUGGAUCGCACAUUCAUUCUCAAGCUGCUGGUCACCAUUUGCCUCCUCCACCUCCACCACCAGGUCCGUUACCCCACCAUCAGCCUCCUCAUCCCACAACAGGACACCAAGGGUUGCAAGCACAACACCAGCAUGUAGUGAAUUCAGCUCCUCCUCCACCCCCACCCCCACCCUCCAACGUUUUAGGCUCUGGGCACCACCCAGCAUCAGCACAAGGGUUACAUCACACCUCUCAUCAAGGACCCCCACAUUUUCCUUCAAAUGCUCAUUCAAGUGUAUCUUCCUAUUCAUCACAAGCCCCACAUCAUACAACCCUGGGACCUGGACCUCAACAUCAGCCUGCUGGAACAGGACCCCACUGUCCGCUACCAGGUCAAGGUCCUCAUAUCCAGCCUCAAGGACCAAACAGUAUUCCAACGCCUACUGCUUCAGGGUUCUGUCCUCAUCCUGGCUCUGUUACCCUUCCCCACGGAGUGCAAGGACCUCAGCAGGCAUCUCCAGUGCCUGGACAAAUUCCAAUUCACAGAGCACAGGUGCCACCGACUUUUCAAAACAAUUACCAUGGUUCAGGAUGGCAUUAAAACAAACCCCUUCAUUCUAAACAUUUUUAAAAUGUUCUGUAAGAUAAACUGUGUAUAUUUCAUAUGUACCUGUUCAAGGUACUUUUUAAAGCUUGUACAUGAUACUUUGUAUAAAAGCAAACACCAGUGCUCUUUCAUUGUAUUCUUUCCAUUUUUUGCUUUUUAAAAUUCCUGAAAAUGUGCUGUUAAGCCAGUAUUAGGUAUUUCUUUUUAUUUUGUAAGUGAACAUUCCAGCUGUUUUUUCUGGCAGUAGAUUUGAUGCUGCAUAAUCUUUAAAUUUUAUUGUUGCAGUUAAAUUCAUUUAGUGAAUGUUUUCUAUAUUACUUUUUAUACAUAUGUAAUUAAAUAAGUACACAGCUAAGUGAUGGCACUAACAGGUUUUUCAUUUUCUUCUGUCAACAGUUUUGUGUGCAAAUAGAUAGAAAACAAUGCAAUACAGACUUUUAUAGUUUGGUGUGGACAUGGCUUUUUGUUUCAUCAGUUAUUUGCAGAAAAUGUAAUUUAAUGUAUAGACUGUUUCUAAUGUCUGACAAGUGCUGUAAAUACUGUAUUUCUUUUGCGUGUAAAAUUGCUUAAGGCUUCUUUCAUUUGAUAUAGUAUUGUACAUAAUGACAGGUCUCUUUUGCAAAAAAUGUGUGAUCUUUGUGGAAGUAGUACAGUAUAUGAUCUUUAAUUUUUUUUAAUAUACUGUCACAUUGCAGCACUGGUUGGGCAUUUUAAUUCAUGUUAAUAAAUCACAACUAUGUCAGUUUUAA